AUGGUCACUUCAGCUCCCUCGGCUUUCUCUUCGAGUAGUAUUGGACCAAGUCUAGUUUACGCCUCAGGCGAACCAGCUGCAAGCCAAAAUUCUACUUCGGCCCACAUUACACAUGCAUACUAUGUUUAUCCUAAUUCAUCUGCAAGUUUAGCUAAUCUUGGCUUAGCCGGAACUCCUGGUGUUGGUGCAUCUCGUCUGCGCUCUAGCGCUUGGCGUCGUGCUGGUGGUUUGUCUGCUCGAGCCCUGCCUUUCUAUCCUACAGUCACUACAUCUGAACCUAACACUCCUAUCAGUGAACAAAGCGAGACCACUGCUGCUGGCUAUCUCUCUGCCAGCCAGACGACUGUAAACAAUUCGGCUGCGGCUGCUGCUGCUGCAAUUGCCGCUGCAUUCGCAGCUAGCACAUUCUCCACUUCUAAUGGUAGUCUCCACAGCAAUAUACACACAAUUGGAAUUUCAUCUACAAACAGCAACACUUCUAUUAAUACAUCUACUGUUCUUGAGACUGGGAACUCAAUUUUUAGCCCUGCAGUCUUAUCAAACACUGCAACAUCCAAUAGUUCUGUUCGUCAAUCGAUUGUUGGUCCUGGACGCCCCUCCUUGAUCACUCCCACUGCCAAUGUCUCCCCUCAAUCAUUUCCUUCUGGAAGCCAGUCACCACAACGCCUCUCUCCAGGUUUUCACGACUGUUAA